CCGUCGUUCCCGUCCACAAAACAACAUCACAACAACAAAAAAGCAAGCCUAAUAUGCUCCCACAAACAUAAACACCGCCCAUCACCUGCACACCAUCUUGUCGUCGACUCUCCGCCACUCCACACACUAGGCAAUAAGCCAACAUGACCACCACCAUUGCCCUUCCCUAUGACGACUUGCGGCCCCAUGUUCUCCGGCCCAAGAAGUCCUUCUUCCAGCGCCUCAACACCCCCGACCACCUCAUCUCUCGCAUGCGCUCUCUCAAGGUCGACGACUCCGCUUCCCUCCUCAGGCUGUCGUCCGACCGUUCACGAGUCUCCACUGUGUCCCUCCUUUCUACUUCGGACUUUGAGCGCGACUAUUUCCCCGACGUGACCAAGCAUACCGAACUCGAGCGACCAGUCUCCUGUGCUGUCCUUUCACCCCCAACCUCACCAAUGGAAGGAAGCUUCUUUCCCAUCCAGCAGUUCCUUGCCCCCAUGGACCGGAAAACCAGCAGAGAGUUUGUCCAAGGCAUGCAAACCUACGUCCACUGGAAACAAGCUACCUACGAAUCAACCAUCAACCAAGCCCCAUCCACCUCGCCACCUCAAACCCCGCAAAGCUCCUAUUCCUGGACUUCUUCAAAGAGCUCCCGCAGCGAAAUGUCCGACGAGGAGAUGGAUGACUGGCUCGACAAGCCCAUGGAUGCCGAUGUCCAUCGCUUCCGCAAGCUAUCUGCUGCAUCUCUCGAGAGCCUGCCUUCCUCCUCCGAUGAGUCCGAAAUCAAGAUUCAUGUGAUCCAAGAGCAGCCCGACGAAGAAGAAAUCGCCGCCCAAGGCAACCGCCGACAGCUUUCCAGCAUGUGGCGCGAGACUUGGUGCUGGGAGACAAACAGCCAGAACCGCACCGCCAACAACCAAGGUUACGAGAUUGUCUUGCCAACAUCCACAGCUGACGAAGACGACUCGGCCAAGUGAGGGCGUCGUCGCAGUUUGGCUCGCGCUAAUUUCCGCGAGCUUUUUUUAACCCACCUGACUUUCUCCGUGAAAGCCACAAACGCACAUCCGCUUCGUCUCAGCUGCAUCAAGCCGAAUGACGUAGCGCGGGCGCGGGCGCCACUGCGCCACCUCCCGAAGUGCCCAACCCAAAUGAUU